AGAAGCUGACGAACCUCUCGGUUUUUGUUCAAGGCCAGUACUUACAAACUAACUAAAAGAUCAGUGCAGAACAUAACAAUCUCGAACCUCGCUCCGGUCAGUCUUCACAGAAUUGGGGACAGAAGUGAUUUUUGCUGUUCCGAACUUCUUUUUGCAGGACCAUGUCUGCGCCGGAUUGUCACAGACGAUGCUGUUAUUGCGAAUGCAGCUACGUCCCGGGCUAUCCAAGAAAAAGAAAAACAAAUGUUUCAUCACGGCAAGCAUGCGUUGUGGAGGAUGCAAGGCAUAGGUUUGCAUUUGGGUUCCAACGCAACCACGGAAGCUCCUAUUUAGCUCACCCGGUGAGGUUUUUGGUACCACAGCAUUGGUCCUCAGGGUGGCAAGUGAGUAUCACGGUCAUGCGAAACAACAUUGCCAUUGUGAGAUCAUGCAAAUUCUGCAAAAACACGACGGUGAAACACUUUUUUCGCAGGAUACAGGCGCGGCGACGAUAUGAACUGCAAAAGUAUCGUAUUCGUAUAAAUGCAUUACAAAUUCCCUCAGCAUGAGAAAUAAAAUUUGUAAUGCAGAUUUGCCUUGGGAACAAGAAUUGUAAUGCAAGACCUGCAUUUAUACGAGUACGAUACUUUUGCACAGGAUAGACGACGGAUCCUCGCAACUGCUUCAUGCGGUUUUUCUGUCCACCGUACGCUAUCCUAAGUAAAAACGUACCCACACCAGAGUCAGGAUGGGGAAUCGGCUAGACAAAUCAGCCAGCUUUGCUUGUUUCGCAUGACAAAUUUGGACGCGUAGUGUAGUGCUGUUUGAGCUAGCUCAGCAGCAUUACAGAUCUAGUCUCUCAUGCUGAUUGGAGCACGACAAAUCUCAAAACACCAUUAGAGAAUGCUUCUCAUGGGGCUCCGCAUGAGAAAGAGUUUAAGCAUGCAGAUUUGCAUGACAACUAUGGUGUGGGUACGUUUUUACACAGGAUAUACGCGGUGUGGGCCGUAUCGUGCAGGAAAAGCCGCCCCCAUACGCGAAAGGGUGAGCACUUGCAGUGUAGGCAAGAUUUUAGUGUAGCAACCGAAAUCUUGAUCUGGAUGUCAUGCUUGCCUUCGGGCAUCUUCAACCGGAUAUAAUUAUGUCUUGCACCAAAUACAAGCAGGAGACGUGCUUGCUUCAUCAGGGUCCCUUUGACUAUGGGGGCGUAGUUGUAGUUUUUCCCGUGAUAGUUCUGGCAAGGGUGCGACGAUUGGAUUGAUGUCGUGUUGUCGUUUUGCUGUUGGAACUUAUUCACCCUGUGCUGCUGGACUCCGAAGAAGAUCCAGAAGACGUUCAGCGAGACGAUCCAGGAGGAGACCAGGUACUGCUGCUGCUACUGCCAUCCCCGGGACAAGUGCUGCCGCUUCUGGUGUCCCUUGCUGGCCUUGUACGCAUGGGAAGGCACCUCCGACCUUAUCGCGAGAACAAAUCCCCCUUCCCCAUAAAUAUUGAAUUGAAGCGGCGUGCUUCUGAAAUUUUGCGGUGUUGAUCUCCAUUGAGAUAUGGGGAAGGGGAAUUUUCACUUUGAUAGACCUUGUGAACAUUCUGAUCACGCUAGCGCUGAGUACCACUGGGUCCGGCUUUUUUCUUAUCGCCCUUCUGCGCCUCGCUCCCACGCUUGGAACAAGCACCCUGAUCCCGCUUAUCGUCCCGGUGGUUCAGCUAUUCUAGAAAAAAACUGUGUUAGUGUAACCUUCUUUGGCUGACAGCAUAAUACAAAUUUGCUCUACAUGACAGACCUGGUGUCAUGCAUGGCUUGUGAGUGAAAGCACACAUGAAAAGAGGCUUCUUGGUUGUCUGGCACUACAUGUUACAUGCUCUGCAUGACAGACACAAAGCUACAUUUACACAGUUUUCUUUGUUGCAUAUCAGCUGUACGAAUGCAUGUCCGGGGGGAGCUGCCUUGCCGGAUGGUUCGCGGUGUGCUGCUGGGAACCAGCCCAGGUACUUGUUGCUGCGUCUUUCAUCCUACUUUCAGACGCAGUAACCUGUGACAGAAAGCAACCAAUGUAUACACAACGUAACAGCUUUUGCCCUUUCUAAAAUCAAAAAUCAAUGCAGUAUUUUGAUGUCAGAGAACAAACCUUUGCCCUUACUGCAGGAUCAAUGGCUGUAUGCUGAUGGGCGGUCCUCUGUUGUGGGUGUGCCGGUGAAGGGCGAAGGCGAGCGCGCUUCGUCGCUGCCCCGUUCGUCGUUUGAGUCGAACUUCUACAACGACGCCGAUGUGGAUCCCGACUUCGACGAAAAGCCGCUCCUGAACCGCGGUAUGGUCGUGUCGACCGGCCGCGAAAAUGCGGGGAUGAACCAGCGCUGGUAAGAGUUGUGCGAGAAGAUGCUCACGGCAACAAGAUGGAAAAGAAAAAUGGGACCUACCAACUUCUAGUCGUCUGAGCUAUGGGUACUUACUCCUGAGCAAAAAGCUAAAGCUAGCAGAUAUGAUUUGAGAAAUGCACGUCCAACAAAAGUAAACCAGAUUCAGACGCUUUAUCGGUUACAGAAAAAUAUUUUGUAUACAUGUUAGUUUAAGUUUAUUCGACGUAUUCUUGCGCAGCUCUUCGUGUGGUUUUGAUUGUAAACAAAAUUGUCAGUUCUAUUCCGAUGUAAAAUUAAAUACGGCAAAGUGACGCGCUAUCCUUGCAAUAUCUUCUGUGGAUCUGUAAAAUCUGUACACACAAAUUCAAAUUGGACAGAAAAUUAAUGUCGUUGCUUGUUUAGUUAUUUGUUUUCGUGUGGCACUUUCAAAUGGCUCUAAUGCCGGAAACGACUGCUGCCCGUUCAGAAAACACGCAUCGUAAACUACUACAGAACUUUUCGCUAUUUUUGCAGUUUGAUGGUUUCAAAAACGAACGAAGCUUGAACCGAGACCGACGCAACCUGAGGAUUUGGUGCCGCGUUUGGAAAGCAGGAUUGGGAGUCGUACCAGCAUGAUAUGCCAGCACAACUCAGAACUGAAAUUUGUAUUUGUAUGUCGUUUAUGGUGAUGAAAUUUAAAUUUCGACAAAGAAGACAGCGUAUCCAAGCAAGUAUUUUUCCGAAUCGUGGUCGUGGGGCAUCGAUUCCAAUUUCGUCCAAGCGCUGAUAUAAUUC